ACAGCAGCUCUUAAACUUGCAAGCGCAUCACGAAUGCGAGUGCACAAGAGGGGAAGGUGACAGACUGAUACGCAUCGACAUAUAAUCAGGUCUAACUCCAUCAACCAGACCUCUUUUCAUCUUUAUUUCCCACUUUCUGGAAGUUUCAAACAAACGCACUGUGUGACCACGUGAAGACUAACAAGAGAGUUGACGCCUGUAAACCUGGCAGCGGCGAUGAAGGGAACACACACUGGAAUUGUAUUGGUCGUAGUCUCACUGUUAUUGGUUACAGGGAGCAAAGGGGAUACACAGGAGUGGGUGAAGGUUGAUGGAACCACGGUCACUUUAAUAUGUAGCUCAGAGGAAAAUCCGGUCACCUGGUGGAAAAUAAAUGAAAAGGACGGUUCACGCAACGUGAUAAACAAUAAAGAGAACAUAUACAACAUAUCUGACUACACAAUGUCCAAGGACGGUACCUAUGAAUGUAAAGGAAAAGGAGAACAUGUGUUCAAGUUUUAUCUCCGAGUGAAAGUUUGUGUCGGAUGCUUUGAUCUGAACACAGGGACAGUGAUUGGAAUUAUCUGUGGCGAUUUGCUGGUCACUUUCUUGGUGGCUCUGUCAGUGUAUUGUUUCGCCAAGAGGAAAGGAGCAGCUUCUAAAGAUUAUCGUCACCAGCAGAUUGGAGCUCAAGACCUUCCACUGGGUCGGGGAUCAAACAUAGCACCUUCACAUCAACAAUCGGAAUAUGCGCCAAUCAAAAGUGGACAGCGAGACCUUUAUGACAAAUUGCAUCGAUAGUUCUGAGUGAGAAGAAAACCAAGAAAAGGAAUCUCCAACCCUGUCUACCACCCGAUAAGCAAUAUAAUCCCAACCCCCCUUCAUAAAUAUUAUUGCACCCCCCCCUCAUAAAUAUAAUCCCACCCCCUUCUCAAAUAUAACCCCACCCCCCCUUCAUAAAUAUAACUCCUGAAUUCCUCCUUCCAUCCUGAAGCGGCUGGAUAUUUGCUUACAUUUGCUCUGUUCCCUCCAGUGACUCACUGGGGAAAGCCAACCUUUCACUCAUGACUGGCAGUAAUCCAUUCAACUAUGGGUGCUUCACUGCUACCGGUACAUGCCCAAAGUUGGUGGCAGAGGUCACUGGACGAUGAUCAGAAACCCUCAUGACUCUGAGCCCAUCUAUCAAAUCUCCCCGUUAGCCUUCUCUGAGAACAGUCCCAGCUUCUCCAAUCUCUGCACACUAACUGAAGUCCCUCAUGCCUGGAACCAUUCUGGUAAAUCUCCUGCACUCGCUCGCUCGCUCUCCAAGCUCCUAAAAAGCGAUGCCCAGGGCUGGAUACAAUAUUCCAGCUGGGGUCUAACCAGUGACCAUAAUGGUUUCAGAUACUUUUACUUUUGUACUUUCAAUCUGUGUUUAGAAAGCCAAGUGUCAAAUUGCUUGUUUUGGUAGCCUAUCCUGGAGAAGGAAUAUUGAGAUUCAGCCCGACAGUGAUUGGGGUUCCUUCCCCAGAGUUGUUCAGGGUUUGCUCACUACCCCAGGCCCUGUUACACUGGAGGAUUCAGCUGAAAGCUUUAGUCUGCAGUCACAAUCUCUCCUGUUUCAUAGAAUGCUUCAUUAGACAAUGUGUCCAAGCCUGUUAUCCCUGAAUAAAUGUGUUUCUCCGUUUCUCAGUCUCAUGGUCUGUUUGACUGUGUUUUUCGUUUUUCUGUCUAUGAGUGAACAAGUUACAAGGGCCUGCCAGCCUCCUCCUCGAUUGACAAUGUUUAUAACUUCAUUAAAGGUUGUGAACAAAUCUA